UCCGCCGGGCGGCGCGAGGGUGCGGGGAGGUCUCGGGUGUGAUGGCGAGCGCUGCCGAGCUGGGCCCGGCUGAGGAGGCCCCGGCCAACGGAGGGGUCCGGCCGGCCACGGGGCGGGGAGGUGCGGCGGCGGCCCUGGUGGAGCGCAGCUCGAGCCCCGGCGGCCUGGCCCUGCUGAGCCCCUACCACACCCGCCGGGCGGGGGACCCCCUAGACCUCGUGGCGCUCGCACAGCAGGUGCAGAAGGCUGACGAAUUCAUCCGAGCGAAUGCCACCAACAAACUGAUGGUCAUAGCUGAGCAAAUCCAACAUUUACAAGAACAAGCUAGGAAGGUAUUGGAAGAUGCUCACAGGGAUGCUGACUUGCACCAUGUAGCUUGUAAUAUAGUAAAAAAACCUGGCAACAUUUACUACCUUUAUAAACGGGAGAGUGGUCAACAGUAUUUUUCUAUUAUUUCUCCAAAGGAAUGGGGUACAAGUUGUCCACAUGACUUCCUUGGUGCCUACAAGCUACAACAUGACUUGUCUUGGACUCCAUAUGAGGACAUUGAGAAGCAUGAUGCUAAAAUCAACAUAGUGGACAAGUUGCUAAGCCAGCCAGCGGCCCUGCCUCCAAGCACUGAACCCACUUUCCAGGGACUGACUCAGGAGAGUGGACUCUGAUAAACAGCUCACAUGACAAGGACCUGUCACCUCUUUGUUGGCCUCUUUCUCUGCCUUGAUGGGAGGUGGCCUGAGAAUUGAGGUGUUGUGGGUGAAUCAUGAACUUCUUGAAAAGAGACCUUGGGUCUCAGUGGGUUAAGCGUCUGCCUUUGGUGCGUACUCUCUCUCUCUGUCUCUGUCUCUCUCUCUCUCUCUGUCUCUCCCUGCCCUUCUCCCUUCCUCUCUCUCUCCCUCCCCCUCCUCUCUCUCUCCCUC